AUGUACGAGGUGGGCCGUGGAGUAAACAAGGGCGUACAUAUCGAGAUCCGAAUGCCGCAACCUCCCGACGAUGUCAAACGCUGGCACGUCACUCUGACAUCCCUCCCCACAUCAUCUCUCCCCCCCCCCUCUCUCUCUCUCUCUCUCUCCCCAUCCCCUCCACCCCCCAAGAAAGACAACACCAAACCAUGGCCUACUCCACCUUCCCCACCACCCCCACCAUCCCCAUCGAGCCAUUCCAAAGUCUCCAUCCCCUCCACCUCCAUCGACGACCUCCGCACCCUCCUCCGUCUCUCUCGUAUCCCGCGCAAGACUUAUGAGAGUGUCAAUGCGGAUAGGGAAAACAAGUUUUGGUAUGACGACCGCCCGUCUGGUGCAGUUGCGGGAUGCUUGGUUGGACUUUUGAUUGCUGAUGUUUAUUGGGGAAAAAAAAGGCGAAAACAAGAGUCCUACAUCAACUCCCACCCGCAAUACCUCGCCACCCCCAAAACGAGCGACGGCAAAGAGCUCAAGAUCCACUUUGCAGCCCUCUUCUCCAAGAAGAAGGAUGCGAUCCCGAUCAUUCUGAGCCACGGCUGGCCGGGGAGUUUUAUGGAAUUUUAUGGGAUUUUGGAUCUUGUCAAGAAACAAUACACGCCCGAGACGCUGAUAUCGCGUUUGUGUUGA